AUGGCCGCGCUGAUUGAGCGACACCCGCUGCAGCGGCUCCCCAGCCCUUCGAGGGGCACUUCUGCUCUGGUCCAUCUGGCUGGAUUAGCGAGCUUCUUCUGGUCCUUUAAGUUUAUGCACGAGAACCCGAAUCAAGCGAAUGAGGCGUACGGAUGGCAUUUCCAGUACCUCACCGUCAUCGGUCUAACCUUGUCGACACUGACCUUCCUGGUUGCGCUCCUGGCGGAUGUAACCCUGUCGCGUCGUUUGUUCCUGGUCAAGAACCUCCUCUCGGUAUGCAGUGCUCCCAUGGAAGUUUUGAUCAGUGUACUCUAUUGGGGUCUUCGCUUGAUCGACGAGCGUCUGGUGCUCCCAGACUGGGCAGUCAUCCCGCUCCAUGCUGACAUCAGUUUUCAUGCUAUUCCGUCCAUCGUGAUGCUGAUCGAUCUCCUCUUCUUCUCUCCGCCAUGGACCAUCACGGCCUUGCCAUCGUUGGGUCUGUCGGGGCUCAUUGCGUUUGGCUACUGGUUCUGGGUUGAACGUUGCUUCUCAUACAACGGGUUCUAUCCUUAUCCCAUUUUCGAGCUCCUCCCAACGCCUGGCCGCAUCGGCCUGUUUUCGGUCAGUGCGGCAGUAAUGGCACUAAGCACAGGCACGCUGAAAUGGCUAUAUGGUCGUGUCAAUGGGUUCGGAGUGCCAGAACAGCCUGGGUCCCGACCGGGCGCCAUUGUAAAGCAAGAAAGCUUGAAGAAAUAA